GAACCUUUUUCUCUUCUUCACCUUCUUCCCUCUUUCAACCACCAACCACCAGCCCUUGACGCCAACGCUCUCCUCCCUGCUGAUAAAAGCUUCCCCCGGCCACGCGCGCAGACACACAUCACAACUUGCAUUUUGACACAAAACACAAAAAACACCAAAACUCCCGAAAUCAAAAAGUCUAACCUUGAUACCCGUCGCCGGCGCCACGCAAAACCCUAAGCUUUUAUCAUCCCAGGCAAGGAGGAGAGUUGUCAUCGCAUAACUAUUUCCUGCUCCCCCCCCCUCCCCUCUUAUUUUUACUUUCCCUCCUUCUUUCAUAUACCCGCACGAACGAGCUUCGUCCGCUUCUAGAUUCAUCUCAAUCGUCUAUACCCACGACAAUCAGUACCGUCACAAUGUUCGCUACCAGAGUCCUCCGCCAGGCUGCUGCCCACGCCGAGCGCGUUCCCAGCAUCAGGUUCCUCGGCCGCCGCACCAUUCCUUCCUCCAUUGACCACACCCCCGCCCCUCACCCGGCCUCGCCCACCGGCAAGCUGCCCGCCAACUUCGGCAAUGGCUCUGCCUCCCCCAAGCACACCAGCUUCAGCUCCUACCGCGAUCACGCCCAGCAGCAUGGUCCCCUGCAGCGCUCCAUCAGCUCUGGCGUCGGCGGCGCCUCGGGCCACAGCCUCGGCUCCGUCGUGCCCCCGUCCGGCGUCGCCUUUGACCGCUCCGAGCUGCCCGCUCGCUUCCGCCGCCAGCCCAUCGACAUGGCCGAGAUCGAGGCCGUCGAGUCCGGCGGUGCCGCCCUCUUCGGCUGAGUUGCCGCUCAGCCCGGCUCAGUAGCAACGGCCGGCACGGAGGGAGCGCGUCUUUUUGAUCUACAUGAACGACUAGAAGAGAAAAGAUGGGCCGCCAUCACGAUCAGACCAUCCGCGGGCAGGAAACGAAAAAACAACGAGCGAUGAAGGGGGGUUGAAUAGGGUGGACCACGGGGGAAAAAUACAAGGCGGGCACGGGGUGGUGUACACGGAGACGCGAGACUACAUUACGAUGGACAUGACCCCCCGUCCAUCACAAAGAAGAAAAGCCCCCAGGAUUGGGGCUUUCGGCAGGACACGGGAUACUCGGCAACCGUCAACUACGUCACGGGACCCGCGACGAGAUGGCGAGGGGCACAAGUAAGGGCUUGGCAGUGAGGAAAGGGCCGGCGGCUUUCGCGUUACCGUUUCUUACUGCAAGUUACGGGCGUAUGCUUGCGAGAGGAGACUGAACAACUCCCCCUCCUUAUCGCCAAGCGGGAGCUGCUUCGCCGGGGACCACGGGAGCUUGCUCUGCUGGGCUACUGGACAUAUCAACAACAAAUGCGGGCAAGACCUGUUUGCCCGUGUCUCUAGCUUUGGCCUCCUUUUUCUCAUUUUCCUUUACCCAUUCUCACAUGGAGACUCCCAAGCACCCCCGACUAGUCUCGAGCUCCGUCACACAGAACACCACCGUGCAUAGAUGCAUACAAAAUACAAAAAUUCUAAAACAAAAAUACGAUCGAAUUCACCUUGCUCAGGAUACUUGCUGACAUGUGCCGGAACUGCACCUAACUGAC